AAAGCCAUGUCCUGCUACGACCUCUGCCGCCCCUGCGGACCCACCCCGCUGGCUAACAGCUGCAACGAGCCCUGUGUCAGGCAGUGCCAGGACUCCCAAGUCGUCAUCCAGCCCUCCACCGUGGUGGUCACCCUGCCGGGACCCAUCCUCAGCUCCUUCCCCCAGAACACCGCCGUCGGAUCCUCCUCAUCAGCUGCCGUGGGCAGCGCCCUCAGCGCCCAGGGAGUGGCCAUCUCCUCCGGCGGCUUCGGCUUCGGAGGCCUGGGCUGCUUCAACGGCGGCAGAGCCCGCUACCCCUGCUAAGGGCCGGCGCCCACACCCUCACACCAAACACCUGCACCCUGCAAGGCGCCUCACGCACUCAGGAGGCACCUCUGUGCCACCCAUGGCCCAAGGGCUCACCAGCCAUGACUCCUCUUUUCAUGGAAUGAAACAGAGAA